AUGGCGGCUCUUGCUCCCUCAACAUCCCACGCUGUCAGCAUCACCCCCGCGCCUCCCGCCAAUAUCGACUUCUCCCGUCUCGGCAGAAUAGGUGUCGCCGGAGACUUCACAGGCAUCUCUCUCUACGAGUACGAGGGCCAAACCCAAAAUCCUCUCUCCAAAAAUGGGAGCGAAUCGCUACUAGCCCAGCUCCCUAAUGGCGCGUUUGCGUCCCUCCCUCAACAACCAAAAAUCUCAGGCCAUCGCCCGGUACAAUCCCGAAAACGGCGAAAUUACCCUCUGGAUGGCCUCGAGGGACAGGUCAAUGCCCUCUAUUGUGACCAGGACACGGAUAGGGUAUACGUCGGGGGCAAUUUUAAGAGGGACGACUCGACGAAUGCCAUCGCCUGGAACGAGGACGACGGCUGGAUCAACCUCCCCUUUACCGGUUUCAACGGCCCGGUAUCCUCCAUAGCCAAGGCCUCCAACGGCCACAUCAUCUGGGGCGGCUCGUUCACCGGCAUUGGCAAUGCCACCGCCCCUGCCACCCCGGACGAUCAGGUUGUCAACAUUUCCGACGCCGAGAUAUCUGCCGGAGCUGGUACCACCUCCACCGGCUUCAGCGACCCCCGCAACAUUAUUUGCAAAACUGACGGCGCCGACGGCGCAGGAAAUACCUGGCUCCUCGCUGAUCGGUCUCCGGGCUAUUGGCAGGCAGAUUUCGACUUUGGCUUUCGCCCGACAAAACUGCGACUGUACAACACCCAUUUGGAUGGUCGCGGAACCAAGACCUGGCGCUUUACCGUCAUUCCCGAUAACGGCAUUCUCAAUUUUACAUAUAUUGACCCUGCCUCCGGCCGCAACUUGUCGUGCACCAAUGAGUGCCCGCUGAGCGACGAUGCCGACGUCAAGUUCCAGGAUUUCCACUUCGUUAACUCGGUCGGAAUGAACAGCUUCAGGAUCGACAUCUCCGAGUUCUAUGGUGCUGGCGGCGGUCUCAAUGGCAUUCAACUGUUCGGCGAUGACAUUUUCGCCUAUGCCAUCAACCGGUUCAACGAGCCGGCCUGCGCCGGCCUGGGUACCGCAUCAUCGGCCACCGCGACCGGCCCUUGGCAGGAGGUUCCUUCUGCUCAGAGUAACUCUAGGUACCUCUCGACACGUCUCUCUUCGCCCAUCGCCGAGGACGCGGCCUCCAUUGUCUUCUUCCCUGACGUGAGGGAGUCGGGCAAUUACUCGGUCAAUAUGUACACCCCCGGCUGCAUCGGUGACGGCACGUGUGGCUUCAGAGGCCAGGUCAAUAUCACGGGCACCAUGUCUCGCAACAACAGAAUUUCCUUCUCUACCUCGCUUUUCCAAACCAACAACUUUGACAAGUACGAUCAGAUUUACUUUGGAUUCGUUGACGCGAGCUCCGCCCUCGACGAGAUGGUCUUUGUCGCGCAGAGGGUGGGAUUCAGCCUGAUCAACUCGACUGGUGGCCUCAACGGUCUCUUUGAUCACGACCCUUCCUCGGACGAGCUUCUCGGGCGGGUCUGUCGUCUCUUCCUCGCCACCCUGGGUGAUGUUCUCUACGUCGGCGGCGACCUCUCGUCACCCGACAGCGAGAACAUCGUUUCCAUCAAUACUGCCGAUGCCGGUGUUUCCGAUCUCGGCGGUGGUCUCGACGGGGAUGUCAACUCUAUGCUUCUCGCGGACUCCACCCUCUACGUAGGUGGCCGGUUCUCCUCUGCCAGCAGCGGUGUCCGCGGACUCGGCAACACGGCUGCUUUUGAUACGGAAAAGAGCACCUGGAACCGCCUCGGCGGUGGUGUCAAUGGUGUGGUUCAACACGUCGUUGCGAUGCAGCUCAACCUCACCGCCAACGAACCGGAGACCGUUGUCGCCUUCACCGGGGACUUCACCGAGUGCGAGGCAUUCGAUGGCAAUGCCGCUUCUCGGGCUGCCGGACUCGCCGUCUGGGUACCCUCCCGAAAUAAUUGGCUGCAAAACCUCGACCAGGCCGUACCGGGCUAUAGCGGAGCGCUCACGGCAUCGAUCCUUAAUCUGCAAGGCGGCGGAUCCCUCUACGCCGGUUCCCUAUCCUCCUCCCAAGUGAGCGCUGCGGGCGCUGCGACAUUGACCAAUGGCAGGCUGAACCGGUUCCCCGUCACCAUAACCUCGGAUUCAGAUGCCGAGCAAUCGUCGACGAAGCUCAGGCGCCGUGCUCUCUCCUCUGCUGAUGACGUUGAGGGCGUCGUAGCCGCAAAAGAUUCAAAGGGGACAACGGUGGAGAACCUUGUGCUCAUUGAUGGAGCCGACAAUAACAGCAUCAGCGGCCUCGGCCCCGCCAUCAACGACAACGCCACGUUCGCGGCCGUCGCCGUGGGCGGUGACAUCCUCUAUGCGGGAGGUUCGUUGACUGGGACCGUUGACGGAGACCAAGUCCGCGGCAUCGCUGGCUCCCUGCCCUGCCCCGGCAUCUGCGUCUACAACCCCGAGCAAACACAGUGGCAACAGGCCGGUAUCAACCUCCAAGGCGAGAUCCACACAUUGAUGUGGACAAGCGAGACCACACUGGUUGCGGCUGGUUCCUUCACCGUCAACGAGACUGUGAGCACGUCGCUUGCCAUCUAUUACUCGGGAUCGCAGACCUGGGACCGAUAUCCGGGAGCAGAUAGUCUUCCCGGGGCAGUUGAAGCGGUAACGAUGGGAUCUAGCGAUGGUUCGCAGCUCUGGGUCGCGGGCCACGCCAACGAUGAUUCCGUGUUUUUGAUGAAGUACGACGGAUCGCAGUGGCGCGCCGCCCCGCAAGGGCUCCUCGCGGGUUCGGUCAUCAAGAGCCUCCAGGUCUUCUCGCUGACGGAGCGUCACGACUCGACGGACCUCCUCCCGAACAGGCAGUCCCUGGUCGUGACGGGCGCCUUAGAACUGGACGGGUUUGGCAAGGCUUCUGCAGUCAUCUUUGAUGGGGAGUCGUACCGGCCCUAUGCCUUGACCACGGGUUCGGGCAACGGGGCGGGAUCCAUCGCAAGGAUCUUCUCGCAGAAUCAGGACUUCUUCACCGCAGGAGGUGGCAACAUGCCUCUCGUCUUCAUCGUCUUGAUCGGUCUCGCCAUUUCCCUAGGCUUGAUGCUCAUCAUCGUUGCCGCCGGUGUUUUCCUCGACCGCCUACAAAAGAAGCGCGAGGGAUACGUCCCCGCGCCCACCACCAUGGUCGAUCGGUCCAGCGGCAUCCGGCGGAUACCCCCAGCCAACUAUUUGAAUCCCUUAACAGGGGAGGGGCGGCGACAUCCCGCAAGUAUGAUGAAGUUCCACCGCAUUUGA